UUUCCCUACCCUCCAUUAGCUCGAUCGAAUUCGAAAUUGAUUUAGGAUUUUGGGUGAUGGCCAAAUCCGCCGCACACCACCCUCAGCUCCCCCUCAAGACCCGCAUCAGCCUCUUCUUCCUCAGCGCCGUCACCGACGCCACCAUGCGCCCCGACGGCACCGUCAACCGCCGCCUCUUCUCCACGCUCACCUACCUACUAAGGGUCCCACCCUCCCCCUCCAAGCCCCGCCACGGCGUCACUACCUCCGACGUCCCCGUCGACCCCUCCCGCGGCCUCUGGUUCCGCCUCUUCGUCCCCCGCGACUCCUCCGGCAGCCUCCCCGUGAUCGUCUUCUUCCACGGCGGCGGCUUCGUCUACCUCUCCCCGGACUUCAAGGCCUACGACGACGUCUGCCGCCGCUUCGCCAAGGCGGUCCCCGCCGCCAUCGUGUCGGUGAACUACCGCCUGGCCCCGGAGCACCCGUACCCGGCGCAGUACGACGACGGGUAUGACGUGCUCCGGUUCCUGGAGGCCGAGCGGCGGCGGAUCCUCCCGGACACGGUCGACCUGUCCCGCUGCUUCCUGGCAGGGGACAGCGCCGGGGGGAACCUGGCCCACCAUGUGGCUCUGCGGGCUGCACAGCGCGCAGAGCCACCAGGUGAGCUCAGGGUAGUUGGAGUGAUCGCAAUACAGCCCUUCUUCGGGGGAGAGCAGGUCCGGAAAUCGGAGAUUGAGCUGGAAGGGGUGGGUUUCGUUGUCAACUCAGCCCGGACGCAGUUCAUGUGGAAUGCGUUGAUGCCCCGGGCGGACCGCGACCAUGAGGUCAUCAAUGUGAGCGGGCCCAACGCUGUUGAUAUUUCGAGUAUUCGUUUUCCGGCCACCAUGGUGGUGGUGGCGGGGUUCGACUCGCUAAAGGACUGGCAGAUGAGCUACUACAACUGGCUCGUUGAAUCCGGGAAAGAAGCUUAUCUCGUCAACUACCCCAACAUGUUCCACGCGUUCUACAUUUUUCCGGAGCUUCCUGAAUCUACGCUACUCAUUUCGGAAGUCAAGAACUUCAUCUACAAACUAUCUAACUCUACCUAGUUGAAAUUCACCAUGUACUAUCACUCUUUACUACCACAUUAUUUCCUGAUGUACUCUUUUUUUUUUUAAAUAAAAUUGAACACCAUGAAGUGAA